GGUUAGGCGGGACGGCGGAAGGCGCCGGAAGGUCGUAGCGUGUUGUGGCGCAUUUGGGCGCAUUUCAACUUGCAUCCUCGUCAUCCCGUACGAGUUUUUGAUGCGAGCGAGUGUUUCGAGAGUGAAGUGAAAUGUCGGGCGCUCGUGCCAACAUCCGUCGCGUCGGAUACGCGAUGCGUGGUGCGAAGUCGUGUCGCGCGUUCAAUCGUGUUUCGCAUCUUCUCCGUUGCUUCGUAUCCCGAGCUCCAGACGCGUGUGAGUAACAGAAGUGUUUCGAGAGCGCUGAAAACGUUCGUGCGAAAUUGUGAAUCAAGACGAAUCGUCGUGAGGAGGAUCUCUGAUCUCGAAUAUUCGAGAGCUACGGCCGAGACGGAGCUGGACGGAGUGAUCAUGCAGCAGCGAACGCGUGUUUUAGGUUAGCUAUACUGCGGCAGAACCGGUUAAAGAGAGCGCGGUGCAGCGCGGUGUGCGCGAAGUGCAGUGCCAUUGACCAGUUGCGAAUCACCUGACGACCCUUCCGUCAAAGGCACUGCGCUCCAGCGAGGAAACGAACGUCCAAGCAGUUAAAUGACGAGCGAUCAUGGCAACGCCCACCUGUGAUAAGAAAGCGAGGGUGAUCGUUUUAGGAGGAUGUGGUUUCAUCGGCCGUAAUCUCGUGGGAUAUUUGUUGGAUAACGAUCUGGUGUCCUAUGUGCGAGUCGUGGACAAAGUACCGCCGCAGACCGCCUGGCUCAAUGCGAAACACCAGCAAGUAUUCGAGCAUCCGUUACUCGAGUUUAAAAGCGCCAAUUUAAUUAACAUAGUGUCCUGCCAAAACGCGUUUUCUUCCGAUGAGCCUAUUGAUUAUGUGUUCAAUUGCGCCGGGGAGACGAAGAGCGGCCUAACCGAUCCAGUGUACAAAGAAGGUAUUUACAAAUUGAGCCUAAACUGCGCCCAGCAAGCGGCCAAAAUUCGAGCCUUGCGUUACGUCGAGAUAUCUUCCGGCAAUCUUAACGCCUCGGAAAAGACUCCUCACAAGGAAGACGACGCCGGAGAACCAUGGACGCUUGUUGCAAAAUACAAGUUACAAGUGGAACACGAACUGAAGAACAUACCAGAUCUAAAGUAUACCAUACUCAGACCGGCUAUUGUGUAUGGUUGUGGUGACAGAAACGGCCUAGCACCGAGAUUGGUAGUGGGUGCAGUUUAUAAACAUUUAGGAGAAAUGAUGAAAUUGCUCUGGGGUCCAGACCUUCAUAUGAAUACGGUACACGUAAGGGAUGUUGCCAGAGCUAUCUGGCAUGUGGCUAACAGACCGGAAACAAUAGGCCAGACGUAUAAUCUCGUAGACGAGGGGGAUUCCACUCAAGGUUCCAUCAGUGCCAUAGUCUCGGAACUGUUUAAUAUCAAUCACGAUUACUGGGGCACUGCGCUAUCUACACUAGCCAAAACUGAUAUGAGUUCUGUUGUCGAGGAGGUAAAUGACAAACACAUGACCCCUUGGGCAGAAGCUUGUCGCAAGGAUGGAGUGGAGAACAGUCCUCUGUCUCCAUAUAUAGAUCAAGAACUCCUGUACAAUAAGCACUUGUAUUUACAGCCUGGAAAGCUGUCAAACACAGGAUUUACGUACCUGUAUCCUAAACUAACAAAAGAUGCUCUUACAGAGGUACUUAAUGAUUAUGUAAACAUGAGGAUCUUUCCGCAUUCCUUGGUCCUGUGAACUUAGCAAUACUAACUAUCUAAUUCGAAUACUGAUCAAUUCUCUUUUACACGAAGAUGCUACAAAUACCGGAUACAUACGGACGCCGAACGCUGUUUUCACCUUGUGCCUAGGGUUCUAUACAAGUUACAUAUAUUCUAUUAUACACGUUAUACAUCUUUACUUAACGUUUUACAGCAAAGUAAUGCUAAAUGGGUUUUAUAGAGAAGUGCGUAUGUAUGAACUUCGGAUAUUUCGUAGACGGCCUAUUGCCAAUGUGAUAAAGUAGCAAUUAACGUACUUAAUUUUAUCAUAGUUCUGGAAGUGCAGAACUUUUUCGCACCUUAAAGAUGACUAGUCAAACAGCGACAUUUAAGAACGAUUCGAAACAAUGUUCUUAUGCACGAAAAGAUAGGUAUGUGUAUAAGGAUAUCUAAACUUAAGACGUUCAUAGUCUAUAAAUCGAUUUCGAUAAAAAAAAUAUUUUAGAGGAUUAUUUUGGCCAAAAAGAAAACGCUUUUUAUAUGACAUUUUUUCAAGACUGUGAACCGCGUAUAAAGUUGUUGAAAAUUUAUAUACUUCUAUUGCUAGAUGCAUAACAAGAGUUCUUUUUAUAUCUGCUAUACAUUCCAAGAUGUAUAUCUUCCACACGCUGUGAAUCAAGUUGAGAAGUCUUUCUAUUGAACAAUUAUUAUGCGCAUAAUUUUAUUUGACAACCCUCGAGUAUGUGUACGACCUAAAAGGAUUGUACUAAAAGUACAAACUGUUAGAGAGGUACGUUUAAAAGAUAUUCCUACAAAAGAUAUUCCUUAUUGAUAUAUGAAUGAUUGUUCAUAUUGGUAGAUUUAUAUAUAAACUGUGCGUGUUUGCACGUAUAUACCUAAUAUAAAACAAAUAAGAAUUAUAUUCUAUUCUAUUGAAUGUCUCUUAAAGAUAUUAAUAAGUGUACUUUACACUUUCGAUAUUCUGUUGUUACGCCAACGUUGCUACGAAUUCUUUGAUAAUAAAGUUGCUCCAUUUAUGAAACUGUAUUGACUCAUUAUACCCUGUAAUGCCAAAUUCUUCAUGCUGUAGAAGGGAUGUAUUAUUUUUUUCUAUACACCAAAUAUGCAUUUGUACACUGUCUUAAUUUUAUUGAAUCAGUGGUUACAACAAGACGAUGUGUUCAAGAAGGGUCAACAGUAUUAUUAAAUAUUUAGUGUAUUUAGUCUUAAUACUUCAAACAAUAAGAUUAUAUAAUUUCAUGUAGUUCAUUAUACGUAAUAUAUUAAAAUAUAUAUUUUAAUGUUUUUCGCAGGUAAUAUGUAUAUACAAUCGCAGGUAAAAGUAUGUACAAACUGCACACUAAAGAAUAAUUGUCGCAUCGAGAUAUAAUAGAUCUAAAUCGGAAAGAUGGGCGAAAUGAGGGUUUACGGAAAAUAAAUUAAUAGUCUUCUUAAUAUAUAAUAAUUAUAAUUAACGAUAAUAGUAUAAAUGAAAUAAAAUUACUGGAUUCUCUUCUCCUGUAUAUAUUAGAUGUAAAACAAAGUGUAAUGUCUCGGCUAUCAUAUAUAUUGUACAUAUACUGUAUGUGCUGCUACACACACGCAAUAUAUGUGUAUACAUAUAUAUGUGUAUAUAUAAUAUAUAUUAUAUAUAUUGUAUACACGCGCGUGCGUAUAUAUUCACCGGGCGUGAAAAUAUAAUCUUUGAGGUAAACUGCAUUUAAAAAAAUUGUAAACAAUAGUCUAAUAGGUACCGACGUUAAGUUAAAAUUAAGUAAUGUAAAUCACCCUGUGCAGAGUGACAAUUACGGAGGUAUAUUCGUUCGACUAGAGCCGCCGUACAAUACAAUCGAUACUUGCUACUGGAUAUUUAACGCUACAGUUUGUCUGAUGAAUUAUAACGUACUCUGUAUGAAAGGAAUGUGUGUAUGUGUACAUCAUAUACGGAACGACCAAGUAGUCUUGCACGGAUUUCAUUUGUGUAAGCGCGAUUUAAAAGAUGAUAAAAUGUCCUUCUCUUUGGCUGCCGCAUUAUAGGUAUUUCUAAAUUAAGAUAGUGAAAAUAAUGUGCAAAAAUAGCUAAGCACAAGUAGCUAAUUGUUAAGAGAUUCACGACGACGAUAUCGUGCCUCUAAUACGGUAAAUCGUGAUAACUGAUGAUCAAUGAAUGCGCGCAAUAUUUAUUACGAUGAUAAAUAGAUUAUGAUCUAUGAUAUCAUUUGUCAUUUCCAACGUUUGCGUUCGCGGUAAUUACGAAGAACGCUAGACGUGAGAUGAUGCUUAUUGCUUUUGUAUGUACUAUAAGGUAAUAUUAUCUUCGUGGAUUUUGUACAUACGAAAUGCAUCACGUGAAGCCCUGCAGACCGUCCUCCUCUUGAAGAAGGGACGUCCUGUAAUCGCUUCGCGUAAGGCACUCCUUAACGCGACUUCUUCUGAACGGCGACUCUAUAGUCAAUUGUUCACGACGUAAAACUUAUCACAUCCACGAAAUUAUUCAAGAGCACUAUGGUAUGUGUGUACGGAGUGUUUGUCGUUUCAAUUAAAUUACUGAUUGCUAUUGGCGUUUCGCUCGCCGCUGCGGCUACCUCUUUCUC